CCUCAACCUGUCCGAGAGCUCUUCGGAGGAGGAGGGACCUUGGCUGGGACCAGCAAUCACCUGGGUGAGAUUCAGCUUUGCCCACCGCGGCGAAACUUACAGAUAAACAGCUGAGCUCCCACGUUGCUCCCUGAGCGGGAAGAGAGAAAGAUCUGUUUCUUCAUCUUCAUUCCGCCUUUAUUAGUAGUAUUGAUCUGACCAUAUAGUGUCGUGUGCGGGUCAACAUACAAGGCUACCCUCGAUAACACCCCAGAGCCACUCAGUCCAACAUCACCGUCUGAUAACAACCCCUCAUGUCUUUACAGCCCUACCAGGCACCAAGACGAGGCACUAUGACCGCCGCCAUGUAUGGCAAGCCAAAGGCCAAGGAGUCCGUCCUGGACCUCUGCACGAGGGCCACGCUCCUCGGAAACAACAUCUCGGUGCGCAUGCUCGAGUUCCUCACCAACGUCAAGCACCAACCGCACGGCUUCAGAGAGCUCGCCAAUGACUUCCUCGACAUCUGCCGGAUACUAUGGUCCAUCGAGGCUGGCCUCUCCGAGGCAGCUCGCACUCACCAGGAGUUCCCCGCCGAUAUGAUCAAGGAGCUCGACAUGAAAUUCCGUUCGACCAACUCCGACUUCCAGGUCCUCGACCACAUGAUGUUCGAGUUCCUCGAGUACGAGAAGAAGGGUGCCAUGGGCAGGAUCCAGCGCGGCUGGCGCAUGAUGUUUGCCGACAAGGAGAUCUUGAGGAUGAGGGAGUCGAUACGCAAGGCAAGAGAUGCGCUGAGGAUGAGUGCUCUCGUCUUCCAGUGGUCUCUUGGAAACUCAAAGACGGACGAUGCUGUUGGCAACGGCUAUGCCGGCCUCGCUGCCGCGUUGGACCGCAUCAGCAACCACAACUCGACGGUGCGGAUAUCAAAGUCCAAGUCGUUCGAGGUCCAGUCGACGACACCACCGGAUCGCUCUGACGAGAGAUCCCCUCCCCUUCCUGCUCUUCCAUCCCAAGCACCCCACAUUCCUCCUCCUUCCUUGGUAGAAAAGAUGUCCGCAGACUUCGUGGAGAUGAGGCUAUCACCAGACCCUCGUCGUCGCACAUCCAUCUCCAACAGGAGUCACCACAGCUCCUCAGAGAAUGGACACUCUACUAGGGUUCCCGACCGCAGAGUCGGUCGCGACGAUAUCACCAUCUCAGAGCACGGCCACUACGACCUUCACCCUGUCAGCACAAGAAUCAACAUGGACAAGAGAUCAGCGCGGGACGAUAUGACAAUCUCGGACCGUGGAAUGUCAGACCGUGGCAUGUCGGAUCGCGAUACAUAUGACGCUCCCAGCCGUAUCUCGGACAGGAGAAACCUGCGUGACUCGGACAACACCAUUUCGCCUUCAUCAUCAGGUACAGAGACACUGAUUGGCGAGCUUCAGAACAUCGCCGACAGCAUCCCAACCAAGGUUGUUCGCUUGAAGGCCGACCCCAUGACGAUGCCUCGCUGGACACCUCGUCACAACGCUGACGGCAACCCGUCGCUCAAGACCUCUCUUAUUGCUGCCGUCCAGGGCAAGAACCACAAGCUCGUCGAGCAGCUCCUGGAUCGUGGUGUCUCACCCGACACUGGCGCCGAUCAGCACGUUCUCGUGGACUCUGUCCUGUGCCAGGAUUACGAGGCAGUCCGCUUGUUGCUUCUCUUCGGUGCCGAUCCCAACUCUGCCGACAAGGAUGGCAUCACUCCCCUUUUCGCAGCAGUAGAGAUGAACUCGCUCGAUCUCACCAAGAUGCUUCUCAAGUAUGGUGCGGACCCCAACAUAUCCGCUGGACCUUCACAAGAGUCCCCGCUUGCCAUCGCCGUCAUCGAUGUCAAGAUCAACUUUGUCCACAUCCUCCUCACAUAUGGCGGUGACCCCAACCACAUCAUGGCCAACGGCAACACCGUCCUGAUCGCUUCCAUGAACAAGACCACACCAAAGAAGCUGGUCGACCUCAUGCUCGACUACGGCUCCGACCCCAACGUCAAGAACAGAGAAGGUAAGACUGCUCUGUUCGAGACUAUCAUGGCUGCAAGAGUGGACCUCCUCACUGCUCUCUUGGACCACGGUGCCAACCCCAACCUGCCCGGUCCUAAGCACAUGCUUUGGCCCGCGACCUACCAGGCUCCUUGCUUGAAGGUUCUUCUGGCGCGCGGUGCUGAUAACAAGCGGGCACCCGGUAACAUGGAGCUCGCUGUCAGUAUCAACAACAUUGAGUCCGUCCGCGUCCUGCUCUCUGCCGGCGUCUCGCCCAACAUCAAGAAGGAUGGCAUCUACACACCCUUGUGUACCUCCAUCCGCGACAACCGCGCAGACAUCUUUGAGCUCCUCCUCACCAGCGGUGCCGACCCCAACCUCAACUCCGCCGAGUACCCCGCCUUCAAGUGUGUCACGCACUUCCGUACACACUUCCUCCCUCGCCUGGUUGCCGCCGGCAACGACCUCCACAACCCCAAGGGCAUCAUCGAGAUGGCCGUCCGGGUCAACAACAUGGAGGCGCUCAACUGGCUUCUCGACCAGGGCGUCAGCCCCAACGACAAGGGCGAUGACGGCAAUACCCCUCUGACGACCGCCAUCAAGGAUGGCCGCAUGGAGAUGCUCGACGACCUGAUCGCCCACGGCGCGGACCCCAACGUUCGCGGCAGCGACUGGCCAAUCGUCAUGUCCGUCAUGCACCCCGAGGUCCUCGAGAAGCUUCUCCCUGCCGUCCCCGAUAUCCGCUCUUUCAAGGGUCUCAUGGAGCGCGCCGUCGUCGCCAACCAGCUCGAGAGCGUCAAGCUCCUGCUCAAGGCCGGCGUGUCCGUCGAGGACAAGAACGGUGGCGUCUUCUCGCCCUUGACCUCUGCCAUUCGCGAGGACAACAAGGAGAUCACCAAGUUCCUCAUCGAGCAGGGUGGCGCCGACAUCAACGCCCCCGGCGAGCACUUGCCCAUCGUCAAGGCGGUGCGCCGGUGCCGCGGCGAUGACACGGACAUCAUUGAAAUGCUGCUCCGCAAGGGCGCUGACGUCAACAAGAUCUACCGCGGAUGGAACGCCAUCUUCCAGGCCGUCGAGAACGGCGACGCCAAGGUCCUCAAGCUUCUCGUCGAGGCUGGCGGUGUCGACCUCGACGCCAAGGACGAUGCUGGCCGCACCGUCAUGGAGAUUGCUGCCGGUCGCGGCUGGGAGGAGUCUGUUGGUAUCAUCCUCUGGGAUGGCAAGAACAAGUCGUGAAUCCACUGACAUGUCUUGCUCUCACGCUUUCUUUUAUCUCUCUCUCUCUCUCUCUCGUGUAACUGACCCAACGCCGAGGAAUGGCGCAA